UGAUAUAACUGAUAUAUCCAGAGGGGCAUUGGGGGAUUGGUCAUUCUUCUAUAGCACCACAGCUCCCAGUCCCAUGUUCAGAACAGUAAGUCCGGAGUUCUCCUUUAGUUAACUGAUAUAACUGAUAUAUCCAGAGGGGCAUUGGGGGAUUGGUCAUUCUUCUAUAGCACCACAGCUCCCAGUCCCAUGUUCAGAACAGAUGCUCUCAGCCCCCACGUGUCACUUGCCUCACCUCUUCCAAACGGCAUUGUCAGCUCAACUUCAGACAAGUCCGGGACUAGUCAGCGACACACAGCCAGCCUAAAGCAGGGUCAUAAUAAACUCAUGAAUCUGUCUCCCGGCUUGCUACAAGCCAACCCAGGCCAGCUAGGAACACAGCUGUGCACAAGUCAAGCUCUCACAACUGCACAGCUGGCCCAGCUUCAAGUCAAACCCGGCAUGCUCAACAUGAAGGGCAUGACUGGCAAGAUCACCAUGCAACCCAUGUCAGUGACCAUCCCGAUUAUGAACCCAGCUCUGGCGGGCCAACAGGGACCCCAACACACAUUGCUUGUGACAACCAGCGCGGAGGACGGGACGGCCAAACAGCAGGAACUGCACUUACAGCAAAUAUCAAAUUCCCCAUCGAAUGUGAUCUCAUAGCACUGACAAGUUAGGAGUUCAGCUUGCAAUUGUAGUCAAUACUCGCCGGGAGAAUUCUAGUGUGAAUUACUGUUCGGAGAUGUCGUAUGCAUUUCUUACCAAAGACUUAGACACAUUUACACUAUUCUGAAGAGAUUAAGAUGCAGUAACUUGAUCAGGCAGUGUGGGGAGAAUAUUUUUAGUUUUUGACAUUUUUCAGUUACUAAGAAUUUAAAGCUUGUGCUCCAAUGAUGUUGUACUGAUGGUUAAUAGUAAAAGGGAGAUAAUUGACAAGGGAGAUAAAUCUGUGUAUAUUACGUUUAAUCAGGACGUGAUAGAUUAUACCUGACACAUUUACUCACAUAGAUAAGAUUUUUUUCUGAAUUUGGGGCAGUGGUAGUCAACAGCAGUUUACUGAGUUGUAUCCCUUAGUGAUGGCAGGAUCUGCUGACAUAGGUUUGAAUCCAGAUUUGACUGUAUGUUAUUAACCCUUGGUUAAUGGUUCUACCAAAGUGAACAAGGUCAGUGACCUGCUAUGUUUCAGCACCUAGCUGAUAUACUGUGAUAUCACAAACACUGUUCAAAGCCUUGAAACAAAUCACUUACCCUGGUCUGUGGCAUUUUUACUGCCAAUACUUCAAAAUCAAUAGCUAAUACUCUCUUUAUAAAUGUCAGAAACAAAAUUAUUUGUCAUUAUUUCAAUGCUUUUCCUGAUUCUUAUCACAGAAGGCAUUGUAGGACAGGUUGUUUCGAAGGUACUUAGUAUCUUAUUGAAGUACUUCAGUCUCUAGUCUACUGAUAUUGGAGAGGUUGGCACAGCUGACCCAGUCAUCAAAAGGCAAACAACUUGCUGUGCAGAGUGGUGUCCCUUUGCUGUGCUCGGCCUCCCAGAUUAUAUUUAGAUUCGUAAGGCAAUCAUCAUUCCUACCCACAAGCUUACACACUGUUGUAUGGCUGAAAUAAUGUUCAAAGAGUCGUUAAGCCAGCUCACUCACUAUAAGUGUCUCAAUACUGAACGAAAAUUAAUUCUGAUUUGUACAGUUUGAAGGGCAUGUUGUUUUAGAAUUAGCAGUAGGUACUACUGUCAGCCUUCAAAACAUAUCUCACGUCAUGGUUGUUUGCAUAUCAUAAAAGCAUACACUUAUUAUUA